AUGACAUGGGAGGACGUUCAAAUCGAGGUCAAGGCAAAUCGAAUUGACCACCUCCGCCGCCUCCCUUCGGAUCUACGCCGCUAUCUCGCCUUCACUUGGCAGAUCAAGCAAGAUUACGGUGCGGUGUCCAAGUUCCUGCUCGAGAAGAGGCUCGGCUGGCGCUUGCCAUUGAAGCCUCAAGGCCCCCGCUUUGCUUGCGCGGACAACAUCAAGAUUCUGUACAACGACUGGCCUUAUGGCAUCGAUUCCCGUAUUGUCCACCUCCUAGUUUGGACCAAGUUUGUACUCGAGGAAGACACCGAGACGGGAGACCUCACGAUUGACGCAAGGAAUGAGAUCGAGGAAUAUGUUAACAAGACGUUUCGAACCCGAGUUCCAAAAGACCAAGUCCUGUGGUUCAGAAACUGGAGCAGCCUGAAAUCGGUAGGCGCAGUGGAGCACUUCCAUGUUAUGCUCUUUGAUCCAGAUAUGGACUUUGUUGAAGAAAUUACGAAUGGGGACACGCCAUACUCCAACAGAGAGCCGUAA